ACCGUACCAUGCGGGCAUACUACUAUGACAAUCGCGAUGGCGAACCAACACUUCUCCACGACUCAGGCAUCGAGGUCGACGCGGCGGUUCUAAAGGCCAUGGGAGUACUUUACUGGUCCAUCCCUGCAGAUCCCGAGGGCAAGUGGCAGGAGAAAAUCGGCAAAAUUUCGAGGGAGCGAGAGUAUAAGAAUAGGGAUGUUAUCGAGUCCAGCAGGAGCACGCUAGGGGAGAAACUUGAUGAUGCGAUGGCCAUGGUUUGGAAAGAACACAUGCACGAUGAUGAAGAAAUUCGCUACACACUCACGGGAAGCGCAUACUUCGACGUCCGAGAGCUCCCGGCAGACAAUUGGAUUCGUAUUCAUGUCCACGACGGCGACCUACUCGUCUUACCUGCAGGGAUCUACCACCGCUUCAGCUUGGAUAGCGAGGAAUCGGUGAAGAUGAUGCGCCUCUUUAAGGAUGAACCGAAGUGGGUAGCUCACUACCGGGGUCCCGAAACCGAUGCGAAUCCGCGGAGGAAAGAAUACCUGACGACCUUCGCUCGCUCGGAGGCCGUAUCCGUAGCUUGAAGUUACGACGAUGGCACCAUUUCUCGGCAUGUUACUCUUACGGCACGGAAUGUAUCCUAUGCAUACCCCC